UGGGUUUAAAGAUUUCGUCGUCGUGGAUGCUCUUGUCAAAGGGGACAAUAGCUCCCGCGCUGUCGUUGUCCAUGCUGCCACCUUGGAAGCUCUCGAUACGAUAGGCUGCGGAGACGAGUUGAUCUCCAAAGGCACGAAGAUGACCGCGAUGAAUUUGGGCACUCGAACGACGGCGUUGGCUUAUCCUCAGUUCGAGGGGCUGAAACCAUAUACCCGCCAUCCUUACGGACUUGUUAUACCUCAGCCAUUCACGGAGCACAUCCUAGGGGAAAAGCUUGCCAGCCUCGGUGUUACUGUGCACCGCCCACACAAGGUUGUAGCUAUGAAAGUAAACGUGGACGAUGCCAACCUCGCGGACAUUAUAUUCGAGGACGGGCAAGUCAUUACGACGAAAUAUGUCAUUGCUGCAGACGGCGCACGUUCUACGAUUCGCACCGUCGCUGGUAUUGCCUUCACGGAUCCGAAGAGCGGUCUCGGAGACGACUCCACCUGCCUUGCACAGCUCGCUCAAGCGGAUGUCACGUUCGAUACCCCGGACUUGGACAACAUCACCUUUAGAGGUGUCAUGUCUCCAAGUAAUUUCUCUCUCUCCAUUCCCCUCCCUUUGACUUUCAACGAAUACCUUGCCAAAGAAACCGGUAAAUCUGUCGAAGGGAGAAUUUUCAGAGUGAUAUGUGGCGCACCAGUAGAGGAUGGGCCCAUCCCACAAUCACCGUCGAAAGAGUACAUGCAAAAUCUCCUCGAUAGAUACGGUUCCCUCGGCCUCUCAUCAGAUCCUACUGUCAACCCCAGUGGGAAAGCCGUCCGCAUAAAGGACGUUUUCUGGUGUUCCCGUUUCCGCACCCACUCUGCCAUUGCGGAUACUUUCUUUACUCGUCUUUCCUCUGGAGACUCUUCAACACCCGAAGGAGCAGCCAUCCUCCUCGUUGGCGAUGCUGCCCAUAUCCAUUCUCCAGCUGGUGGGCAAGGCAUGAACCUCGGUCUUCGGGACGCAGUCUUUCUCGGGGAGGUGCUCGUGAAGCACAUCCGAGUGACGGAGUCUGCGUCUUUAUCUCUACCGGAAGCCGAUCGCAUCCUUAUCGAGUUCGUGACAAAGCGUCGUGCUCGCGCACUCGAGGUCAUCGGGCUCACGAAGAAGAUUCUUGCGCUCUUCGGUGUGAAGGAUGAGAUUUUUGCAUGGUGGUUACCCGUAAGCAAGUUGACUAUUCGGGAUUGGACGCUAUGGGUGUUAGGAAAGGUGGGGUAUGUACAAAAGCAGGCUGCAUGGAACGUUAGCGGGCUGGGUCGUAGGUAGCUGCUGAGUGUCGUGAUUUGUUUCUUGCCACUCUCCACUCGUCGCUUUCACGAAUCUUACGAAGUUACCUAUUCACAGUGUAAUCUCAACAUGUAUUACAGUGUAUUUCAAGUUCUUGUGUGCACCUUUAGAACGUCAU